AUGAAAUUUUCGGACAACUGGUACGCCGAUAAAGCCGCAAAAGGCUCACUUGCUGUUGUCGGUGGAAUGGUUGCUGCUCCAGUCGUCAUGGCAGGAAUCGGUUUCACUGCCGGCGGUGUCGCGGCUGGCAGUUUCGCCGCUGCAGUUCAAUCCGGCAUUGGAUGCGUCGCAGCUGGGUCAGCAUUCGCUGGUGCCCAGUCUGCAGCUGCAACCGGUGCAGUCGCAACUUAUGGCGCAGUUGCCGGUGGCGUUGGCUACAACAUCGUCCAAAAUUUAUGUUUUCGAGCAUCAACUCUUCAGUUUACAAGGAGCUCGUCCAAGGCGCAACGCAAGAUGGUGUUCAAAUGGACAACGAACAAGAAGAUGUUCAAGAUGGAAGAUAAAAUCAAGAAUAUCGUCGAGCAUGCGACCAAGGAACGACAUCUUCGACGGCAGCGAAAAGUUUCUGACCAAUAUUCCGAGUCUGAGGAUGAGGAAGAAGCUAACUACCAGGAGCUUAUCAAGUCAGCUUAUGCGAUCAAGAAGGAAGCCAAGAAUCGAUCCUUCGCGGACGUUUAUUACAAUAUCGCGAGCAACAGCCUCGAGAAGGAAAAAUCCCGCCUCUACAAGGAAUUCGAGGAGCUCCAGACAACGGCUAAUCUCUUGAACUCCAAAUCGCAUCGUAAAGCUGACUUGCGAAAUAUUGAAAAGCUCCGGGAACUCGUCCGAGGACAGGACACUGUUGACGAACAAAUUGAAAAUGAAAAGCAAAGAAUUCGCGCUGUCGAAGAUGAACUGGACCGUGUUGAAAAAGCCACGACCCAAAAGCGCAAGGAGAUUGGCGGAAUCAACAACUCUCAUAUCAAGCAGCAGCAGACGACGCAUUCCAUCAAGUGCCUCGAAGAUCGACUCCACAAGACUACCGUGGAGUACAACGAGCUUACCGCCGAGAACAACCGGCUUCGAGAGGGUAUUGAUCACUUGCGAAAGGAGCGAAAGAAGUUCAAUACCCAGUACAAACGAUACAAGUCCCAGCUCAACUCUGCUAAGAAUGAGCAGCGAAGCUUGACUGAGAAGUCGAUGAUCGCUUUCGAUCAAACGGACGAUGCCAACUCCAAAAUGGCAGCCGUCAGCGAGCGUGAGUCCAAGAACAACGCUCAAAACAUGAACGAGUUGCGAGAGCUUCUCCGACACAUCGACCACGACACUUCUGUGAAAGAUUUCCUCGUCACCAAGUCGAAGGACCGAUCUGCCCAGGCUGAGGCGCUUGCGCAGAGCCGCCGAGCCGCUGCGCAGAACAAGUUUGAAGCUUCCGCGGAGAAGACGCUGAACGAAUAUCAGAAUGCGAUCAAGGAGGUUCAAGAGCUCACCGGAGCUAAUUCCUUCGAGGGCAUCGUCGAGCAUUACUUGAAGAUGGAGGAGGCCAACUACGCCAAAUUCAACUGUAAUCAUCAACGAGAUGACGAAUCAGCUGCAAGAGACCGAGGACAAGAUCAAGCUCAUCAAGCAGGAAGUCGCCGCCCUUACCGCCGCUUCCGACCGAUCUGUCGAAGAGUCUCAGCGACAACUGAACGCGCUCAAGCUCGACCGAGACGGAAUCAAGGCGUCCAUCGAGAACACGGCCAACGCUGCCGACGAUUCUCAAAAGAAGUCUCCAAGAUCAGCUCGACGAUUUUGGAUAUUUUCAACUUCUUGGAAUGCGACAAGAAGGAAAUUGAGUCGCGACUUGGAAGCGACGCUGCUGGAGUUGAUCCUCAGAGUCUGCUCAUGUACAUCUCUGGCAUGGAAGCUAAGGUCACCGACAUGAUUGCUGAUCACUUGUCUUUCAACGCGCUGACUGAAAGCCGCUCCGACGAGAGCCAAAAGUCCAACUCCGCGAAGAAGUCCACUUCUUCCAAGAGCGUCAAAGCGCCCCACGUCGUCGACCUGAUCAAAACCGACGAGGUGGACGUCGACACCGAAGCCGUCAUUCCAGUCAUGAACAUUCGACAACUCGCCGCUGUCAGCAUCGUCGAAAAGGAGAUCGAACGAGAGCGAGAACGACAAGCUCAACUGGCUUCAGAGAAGAACGCUACUCCGAAAAUCAAUUAA